AAAAUUUUUUUUUUUAAUUUUAGGUAGGCUCCAUGCCCAAUGUGGGACUUGAUUGAACUCACAACCCUGAGAUCGAGAGUUGCAUGUUCUACAAACUGAACCAGCCAAGCACCCCAGAACUUCCACUUUAAAAAAAAACUUACUUUUCUUAUGCAAACAGGGGAACCCUCAACCAAACUUACUCAGAAACAUUUUGUGUGCUUCCUAUUUUGAAUCAAACAGAUCUAGCCUUCUAUCAAAUGAUGCUGUUUGGAAAAAUUUCCCAGCAGUUGUGUGGCUUAAAGAAACUCCCAUGGUCAUGUGACUGCAGAUACUUCUGGGGCUGGUUGAAUGCAGUGUUUAAUAAAGUGGAUUAUGAACGCAUCAGGGAUGUGGGACCCGAUAGGGCAGCAUCGGAGUGGCUGCUGCGCUGUGGGGCCAUGGUGCGCUACCACGGCCAGGAGAGGUGGCAGAAGGACUACAACCACCUCCCCACAGGACCUCUGGACAAGUACAAGAUUCAGGCAAUUGAUGCCACCGACUCUUGUAUCAUGAGCAUUGGAUUUGAUUACAUGGAGGGCCUACAGCAUGUUGAAAAAAUAAGGCUAUGCAAGUGUCAUUAUAUCGAGGAUGACUGUUUGGAGAAACUUGGUAAACUUGAAAAUUUACAAAAGAGCGUAUUGGAAAUGGAAAUAAUUUCAUGUGGGAAUGUCACAGACAAAGGCAUCAUUGCUUUAUAUCACUUAAGAAACCUGAAAUAUUUAUUGUUAAGUGAUCUUCCUGGAGUAAGAGAAAAAGAAAACCUUAUCCGAGCCUUUAAGACAGCACUGCCUUCUCUGGAACUAAAAUUAGACUUGAAGUAAAAUAAUCAUAUUUAAGAAGUAUCGUAUUUCAAUAUAAAGUAUCAUUUGAAAUUGUUGAUCCUAAACAUCAUAAAUAUUAUAUAAUAAUCAACAGACCCUAAGGAUAUUCAGUCAUGACAUUUCAGAAGCAGAGCCCAUCAUGUAGAAAAUAUUCAGACAUGACUCACUGAAGUUACUAAGUUGGAAGUAAAAAUAUAUGCACAUUAAAUCCUUUUAGGAAAAAUGGAAACAAGGUAGCAGUUUAAUUCUAAUAUGUUCCUCAUUUUAUAUAGAAAUCUGUACAGUAUGUAGAUACUGACAGAGUUCUUUAAAGUGAUUUAAAUGUGCAACACAGAUAUUCUUUAUUGUAUUUUAUCAGUAAUUUAUGUUAAUGUUACAUUUUACUUUAAAGCUAUUGAAGCAUGUUACUAUAAAUGUAUAGUUAUGAAAAACUGAAAGCUAAGUUUCAGAUUCAUUGAUGAAUUGUGAAAGGCAGUCAUUGGUUGUUGAGGCAUCCAUAUUGCUUCCCAGGAUUUGCAUUCAUUUCUCAUGACCCUACAUUCCUUUGUUCUUUAUAACCUACGCCUUUCUCUGAAUGAAUAGUUUCUGGCUAAUUUGUCUAUUUUGUAAGCUUAGUCGGGUGUUUUAUUAAAACUAGACAUAAA